AUGCUCACAUCUGACAAUAAACCACGUCCAGAACUCUUCGGUCCGGAUAAUCUACAUAUGAACGCACAAGGUUAUGCUAUUUGGACACCAUUAAAAGGCAUGUCGGGCAAGUUUUAUCAUGGUAAUCCUAAUCGUAACAAUAAUUUUUGGGUUUAUCCACGAAAUAAACAAUUAGAAGUUCUUCAAUGGGAUACUUACAAUGCAGAUGAUUUAUGUAAUAAUUACACAUAUCUUGGAACAAGUGGAUGA